AUGCCUGUGCAUCGCAUCUGCCCCGAGCACCGCAGAUCCCUGCACAUCGUGGCAGAGGACGGCGUUGUAUGGCGGUUCUGCCUGCAGUGCGCCAAGCUGCACACCAUUGACGAGUUCAGCGGCGACCGGCGCAGCUGCCAGGCCAGCCUGCUGCUGAGGCGGCAGCGCAAGCGGGACCGGCAGCUGGCAGAGCUGGAGGACCAUGAGGAAGCGCUGCGGCCCAGCAAGCACCCUAGCAGCCACACAGCUGCCACCACCACGAGCAGCGGGCAGGCCUCUCUGCAGAACAGCCGCAGGGAUGAGCGCUGCUCGCAGGGCAGCGGCGGCAGCGUGCCGCUCCAGCAGCAGCCAAGCUGGCCGUCGCUGGAGCAGGGUCAGUGGCCCUGCGGUGCUGCUGGGCAGCAUCAGCGGCAGCUGUCUGCCCCGCUGGCGCCGUCCUCCUCGCUCCUCUCAGCCGGCUCGGGUUCAACCGGCACCGGCUGGCAGGCGGUGUCGCCUCAGCACCGCAUGCCCUGCCACGGCGACGGCUCCCAGCAGCUGCUGGCUCCCACGCAGCCAAUCAUUGUGCUGCAGUGCAGCCUGCCGACGCCAGAUCCACGUGUGCCCAUCCCCAGCUUGACAGAAAAGGCGCUGAGGCUGCUGGACGACAUGGUUGUUGUGGAGCGCCCCGAUGCGUCGGAUGUGCCCAGCGAGGCCGAGCUGCUGAGCAUCACCCAGGACCUGGGCCUGUUUGCCCACCUGGAGCAGCCGCAACAGCCCGCGCAGCUCUGCCGGGUGUCCCCUCCGGCAUACCUGUCCCAGCCAACGUACCCGGCCCCGCGGUCCGAUUGGGAUCUAGAGGGGGACGAGCUGUGGUUGAGCAUCCGCCAGCACUCAGACAUGGACAGCACCUGCAUCUUUGUGCCCAACCCCUGA